UUUCUUUCUUGCUCUCUGGGGGAAGCCACACACUCAGCCACCCUAUGGAAAGAUCCAAGUGGAGGAAGUGAGGCCUCCUUGAAAGAACCAGUGAGGGAGGGUCUGAGGCCUCCUGCUAACAGCCAUGUGAGUGAGCCAUCUUGGAAACAGAUCUUCCUCAAGCCUCCAGAUGACUGCAGCCCUAAGUGACAACUUCACUCUCCAGCCAAACAGCUCCCCAAGGCCCGGACCACAAAAAUCGCCGGAGCCUCAGCAGAAAGCUCCCUUAGUUCCUCCACCGCCCCCCCCGCCGCCCCCGCCGCCCCUGCCGGACCCCACACCCCCAGAGCCGGAGGAGGAGAUCCUAGGAUCCGACGAUGAGGAGCAGGAGGACCCUGCCGACUACUGCAAAGGUGGCUACCAUCCAGUGAAAAUUGGAGACCUCUUCAAUGGCCGAUACCAUGUCAUUAGGAAGCUAGGAUGGGGACACUUCUCAACCGUCUGGCUGUGCUGGGAUAUGCAGGGGAAAAGAUUUGUUGCAAUGAAAGUUGUAAAGAGUGCCCAGCAUUAUACAGAGACAGCCUUGGAUGAAAUAAAAUUGCUCAAAUGUGUUCGAGAAAGUGAUCCCACUGACCCAAAUAAAGACAUGGUAGUACAGUUAAUCGAUGACUUCAAGAUUUCAGGCAUGAAUGGAAUACAUGUCUGCAUGGUCUUCGAAGUACUUGGCCACCAUCUCCUCAAGUGGAUCAUCAAGUCCAACUACCAAGGCCUCCCAGUUCGUUGUGUGAAGAGUAUCAUUCGGCAGGUCCUUCAGGGGUUAGAUUAUCUGCACAGUAAGUGCAAGAUCAUUCAUACUGACAUAAAGCCGGAGAACAUCUUGAUGUGUGUGGAUGACGCGUAUGUGAGAAGAAUGGCAGCCGAGGCCACCGAGUGGCAGAAAGCAGGUGCUCCUCCUCCUUCAGGUUCUGCAGUGAGUACGGCUCCGCAGCAAAAGCCCAUAGGAAAAAUAUCUAAGAACAAAAAGAAAAAACUGAAGAAGAAGCAAAAAAGGCAGGCUGAGUUACUGGAAAAGCGCCUGCAGGAAAUAGAAGAAUUGGAGCGAGAAGCCGAAAGGAAGAUAAUAGAAGAAAACAUCACAUCGGCGGCACCUUCCAAUGAACGGGACGACGGGUACGGCCCAGAGGGCAAACUCAAAGCUGCUGGCUUAGAGGACACGGCUGAGGGCGAGCCCACCAACGACAAUGGUGAGGCUGAGGACCAGGAAGAGAAAGAAGACACCGAGAAAGAAAACACUGAGAAAGAUGAAGACGAUGUUGAACAGGAACUGACCAACACAGACCCUGCGUGGAUAGAAUCCCCCAAAACCAACGGCCAUAUUGAGAAUGGCCCGUUCUUACUGGAACAGCAGCUGGAUGAUGAAGAUGAUGAAGAAGAAGAUUGCCCAAAUCCUGAGGAAUAUAACCUCGAUGAGCCCAAUGCAGAAAGCGAUUACACAUACAGCAGCUCCUAUGAACAAUUCAAUGGUGAAUUGCCAAAUGGACGGCAUAAAAUUCCCGAGUCACAGUUUCCAGAGUUUUCCACACCGUUGUUCUCUGGGCCCUUAGAACCUGUGGCUUGUGGCUCUGCACUUUCCGAGGGAUCCCCACUUACCGAGCCUGAGGAAAGCAGUCCAUCCCACGACAGAAGCCGGACGGUUUCAGCCUCCAGCACUGGAGAUUUGCCAAAAACAAAAACCCGGGCGGCCGACCUGUUGGUGAAUCCCCUGGAUCCGCGGAAUGCAGAGAAAAUUAGAGUUAAAAUUGCCGACCUGGGAAAUGCUUGUUGGGUGCAUAAACACUUCACAGAAGACAUCCAGACGCGUCAGUACAGAUCCAUAGAGGUUUUAAUAGGGGCAGGUUACAGUACGCCUGCUGACAUCUGGAGCACAGCGUGUAUGGCAUUUGAGCUGGCAACGGGAGAUUAUUUGUUUGAACCACAUUCUGGGGAAGACUACUCCAGAGAUGAAGACCACAUAGCCCACAUCAUAGAGCUGCUAGGCAGUAUCCCAAGGCACUUUGCUCUGUCUGGAAAAUAUUCUCGGGAAUUCUUCAAUCGCAGAGAUCACAUAGCAUUGAUCAUUGAACUGCUGGGGAAAGUCCCUCGAAAAUACGCUAUGUUGGGGAAAUAUUCCAAGGAGUUUUUCACCAGAAAAGGAGAACUGCGGCACAUCACCAAGUUAAAGCCCUGGAGCCUCUUUGACGUCCUUGUGGAAAAGUACGGUUGGCCCCACGAAGAUGCUGCACAGUUUACAGAUUUCCUGAUCCCCAUGUUAGAAAUGGUUCCAGAAAAACGAGCCUCAGCUGGCGAAUGCCUUCGGCAUCCUUGGUUGAAUUCUUAGCAGAUUCUACAAAUAGAGCAUUCUGAGCUAGCAAAUGUUUUCCAGUGCAUUGGACCUAAACGGUGACUCUCAUUCUUUAACAGGAUUACAAGUGAGCUGGCUUCAUCCUCAGACCUUUAUUUUGCUUUGAGGUACUGUUGUUUGACAUUUUGCUUUUUGUGCACUGUGAUCCUGGGGAAGGGUAGUCUUUUGUCUUCAGCUUAGUAGUUUACUGACCCACUCUCUUCUGGAAACAAUAACAUGUCUCGAAGCAUUGUUUGUGUCGUGUGACAUUCAAAUGUCAGUUUUUUUGAACGAAAAAUACUUUCCCCCUUGUGUUUUGGCAGGUUUUGUAACUAUUUAUGAAGAAAUAUUUUAGCUGAGUACUAUAUAAUUUACAAUCUUAAGAAAUUAUCAAGUUGGAACCAAGAAAUAGCAAGGAAAUGUAUAAUUUUAUCUUCCGGCAAAGGGACAUCAUUCCUGUACUAUAGUGUAUGUAAAUGCACCUGUAAAUGUUAAUCUCCAUUAAAUAUGGGAUGGGGACUCAAAUUUCAGAAAAGCUACCAAGUCUUGAGUGCUUUGUAGCCUGAGUUGCAUGUAGCGGACUUGAACUGCUCCCAGGAGUGGGGCAGACUUUUCAUUCCAUAACAGUCCUUUUACAUCGGAUUUUAAAGAAGUGGCUCUGAGUUAUGUCAUUCCCUAUAUGGCACUUUAAAGCAAGACAUGCUUUCAUUCUAAAAUACGUAUUAUAGUUUUAGCACUCCCAUUCAUAUUUUUGCAUAUUUUAAAAAGUACUUUAAAGGAAAAAGAGCAAUUUCCCUUUAAAAAUGUGAUAGCCUGGUACCAUGUGGUGUUGCCUCCUCCAAACACUGUAAGUUAAACUCUACAUAGAUUAAAUUGGACAACAAAACCAUGUGCAGUGUGUGGAAUGAGAAAAAACAAAAUAUAUAUGUAUAUAUAUAUAUUUUUCGGAGAAGUUUGCUUGUGUUUGUCCAAAACCCAGGUAUGGUAUGCACAGUUAGCAGUGCAGCGGGCACGAGCCUGGCGUCUGCGAGGUCGCAGGGAUCGCGCUCAUUCCGUAGGCGGUUAACUGUGUGGCUAUGACGACAUCACUAGCUUUUUCAUUGUCUUCCCAUGCACUGAGGUUGAAAAAACGAUUUUCCCUUUGCAGGUUGCACACGAUUUUUGUUGAUGCAUUUCCUUAAUAUUGUAGAAUCCAGGACACAAACCAUAGUAGGCAAUACAAUUUUAGAAUGUAAUAUAUGGAGGUGUAUUUAGCCUCUUUUAGAAGUCAGUGGAUUGAAUGUCAGGUUUUUAAAAAAAUUUUACAUUCAUUAAGGUGCCUCGUUUUUCUUGACUUUGUCCAUUAACAUUUAUCCAUAUGCCUUUGCAAUAACUAGAUUGUGAAAAGAUAACAAGUGUUGUAAUAAUAAUCCAUUGUUUGAGGUGCUUGCAGUUGUCUUAAAAAUUAAAGUGUUUUGGUUUUUUUUUUUUUCCAGACAUUGCCUUGGUCAUUGGCCUAUAUUUGAAGCGAUAGAAUCAACAAACAUUUGCUCUCCUUUUAGUGUAGCGUAACCCCAACUAAAGAAGUACCCACGUUCCCAUUGCAGGGAAGGUAGCUGUAGAACAUGCUUAAGCCUUAUUACAGGAAAUCAUUGUUUUUUAAGAGUAGAAUAUAGACCUAAAAGAAUUGCUAUAGGACAGAUGCACUACCUAGGAUUUCAGUAAUUCUUUUUCACUCAUGUUCCAUCAGAAACCUACUAACUGCAUUGUGUUUGAGCAUUGCAAAUUUUCUUUUUAACUGUAUUCACCUUGAGGGAACAGACACAUCCCUUCAGGCGUUACCAUGGUAUCACCUAUCGCGGUGAGACAGAGCGUAACCACUUCCGUAGGCAUCGCGCAUGCUGUGUUCUGACAAGGCUGGAGGUUAUCCCGCCGGUUCUGCGACAGAUGGUUGCUGCAGUUUCCGUAGGAGCCAUUCUCACGAGAACCACAAAGCACAUGUCUUCCCUAACUCUGAAAAAUCUUUGUCAGGGUUUGUAGCACACUUGAAUGAACUUGAUCUAAUGCAGUUUUGGCUCAUGUUAGAAAAUAAACUCGAUUGUUGGGAAUUUGGAAAGAUCUGUCCCUUACACAAUGUAAAAAAGUUCUAGAAGGAAUGUACAUUUGUAUUAGGUAUAGUCUGGUUUGUAGCAGCAGCUCGGUGGCUUGAUGAGAGAGAAUACUGCGCUGAAGGAGCGGCGCUGGUGCGUGGCUCACUGAGGCCGGCUCAGUGGUUUCAGUGAAUGUCCUGGCUUUUCCUCUUGUUAGUCUGUGCCAAGUCUUCCUGGAAAAGGACAAGCAGUGGAUCCUGAACGUGGCAGAUGAGAAGCUGGCUGUCUGGAAAUUAGAACCGCUCAAAGGCCAAAAAAAGCAAGUUUAGAGGCUUCAGGAAAACAAACUUUUCAGGUGAAAAUUGAUUUACUCACUUGCCUCUUCUUGUACCUGAAUCAUUCCUAGUUAGUUAACACGAUAAACUGCUUUUCUCCUUGGGUAGAGAACUUCAGUUUCAAUUCACAGUUGAGAUUAUUCCUUAAAUUCCACUUUUUCUUCCAUUAUUGUUUUUGUAACUUGAAUGAAAUUCUGGUAGAGACAAUAUUUGAGAGUGUAUGUGCCCUUCAUCAAGGAGUCAAAGAAUAAAAGAGAUUCUGCAGUUCAUA